AUGGUCAUCGUUAUGAAAGCGGGAGCGGAACAACAAUCUAUUGACGCCGUCAUCGCUCAAAUCAGGACACUCAACUAUACACCCCACCCGAUUCAGGGCACAGAGCGCACCGUCAUUGCAGCAAUUGGGGAUGAACGCGGCAAGCACGAGCUGCAACAACUUGAGUCAAUGCGCGGCGUCGAUAAGAUUGUGCCAAUCCUAGAACCUUACAAGCUCUCAGGUAGUGAAAUUCGGCAUGGUCAAAGAACGAAGAUACAGAUCGGAGAUGUUGAAAUUGGCGGUGAUACGUUAAUCCUGAUGGCGGGUCCUUGCUCUGUUGAAAGCCGAGAGCAAAUUUUGGAAUCGGCGGAAAUCGUCAAAGAAUCUGGCGCACAGAUCCUGCGGGGCGGAGCGUUCAAACCGCGCACAUCGCCAUAUAGCUUUCAGGGACUUGGGGAGGAAGGACUGCAAUACCUCGCCGAAGCGCGGGACAAAACGGGAUCUUGA